AUGCGAGUUGACACAGAGAGAGUCAGGGACCCCUUUUUUAACCAGUUCAGACUCUGCCAGUUUCUGGGCACUUCAGGCCAGUCUCAAAAGGCCAGCCAGACGCCGAUGGCCGAGCCACUCCGACGGUUCCCCAGCGCUCUCUCUUUUUCGCUAUCGGUACCCAACUGCCAACAAACUGUGUCAUGCCAACAAGCAAAGUUGGCGCAGAUACUUGAAGACUCUUGUUGGCUCUUCUGGGCUCUUGGAUUCAAUUGUUCCCGGGCCUCUGGUUCUUCAGCAAAGUCGAACGAGUUUCUCAAUAGUUUUCUUUUCAUUCGUCCGCCCUUCCCUCCCACAUUACCGGCGUCAACUCUAUCUUUGUUUCUCACCCUCACUACGCCGCACUCACUGACCCGAAAGCUGAACCUGGACUUUUCUUCCCCGCCCUCCCUUGCUGCAGCAGCCAUGGACUUCUUCCCGAUGGCUUGGCUGACCAUUUCGACACCACCAACAUGGCGACGCUCAAACUUCCCCCGCACGCUAGAGUUGGCCCAGACAAACUCAAUGGCAGCAAAGGGUUCCCAUCUCCGUCCCAACCUGACGGCCUGGCAGAUAGAAACACGCCAACCCCCCUUGGGCGGCACCCCGACGACAGAAAUGUCACGUCGCUUUACCUUAUCUCGCCCAAGUCCCAAAUUGCCCCAGCAUCUGCCAUCAAAAGAUGAACGGGUACCCCUCGCCGACGAGAACCAAUCUGUCCAAUGGCUAGCUCCCUUUUCUGCUCUUCCAUGUCUCCAAGAAGCCAAAGACUUCAAAGGCCCCUUGCGAAUUGCGACGGCUUCGCUGACGACUGGUCUAUCGGAAGAUUGCCCUUGUUUGUUUGACCACAAAAAAAGAGGACGCGCGAUACCGAACGGAACAAAUCAAAUCAAACAACCAGACGAGUUCAAUGUCCCGGCCCCAGUCUUUCGCACUUCGUCAAAAAAUUCGAGCCCUUUCUUUUGUGGGUUUUCCCAUCGAAGCCGUAGGCCCGUAGCCAUCGUCCCACACAAUCCAGGACCGUUCCAAGCAGCAUCUCCCAGCGCAGCCGCUUUCUCAGAGCUCUUUUUCUUCACCACAUCUGCUCAACGCCAGCCUUGGCAACGCUUCAACGAUCUCCACGUUGUGCGCGCAAUCUCCCCAUUGCAGCACGCGAUAGUGUGUGCAUCGCCGCAGAACCUCGAGAGAAUUCAGUUUCUCCUUGAGAACAUUUGUCAAUAA